AUGAAGUUCUUUCUCAAAAUAGUCUUGAUUUUCAUACUGUUGGUGAGUUUCCAGAAAGAUUUCCGUAAAAAAGUCGAUUUUUUCCAGAUUUUCUCAUGCGAUGCCGCGAGGCCAUACAAAAAACUACGUGAGAAGACAGUAUAAUUUUUAAAAAAUGUCGCUGAAUAAUUUUUUGUGAUUUUUAGACUACAGAUUCAGAACAAGUUCUUAUCGUUGAUGGGGAAGUGAGACGAGCCAGGGGCGGGGCAAAUGGAGUGGGUUUUCUUUUUUGAAAAGGUCCCGAAAAGAGAAUGUUAUGAAUUAAAGUAAGAGAGACUUUGAAAAGAAAGUUCAAGAGGAUAAAGGUUAGAGAGCGUUAGGGAUGAAGAGACGCAGAGAAAAAAUCGCUCGUUUUCUGAGCAUUUCUAGUGGCCACUUUAGUAGGGUCAGGUCUCUUAAGUGAUCCCUAGAAUCAGUGGGUUUGAAAAACUGAGUUUUUUUAUUCCAAUAUAGCUAUCUUCAUAAUGGAAAUGUAGCUAAAGAGAAUAUUUAAAAAAACGCUUUUUUUCAUCUUCAUAUAUGCUUCAAGGCUAAAAUAUAAUUUUCUCACAAUUUUCGUGGCUUUACAGUCGGUUUUCUUCAUAAAAUCUUCACUUCUUUGUUUUUUUAACCCCAAAAAUCAAAAUUUUCAGCCCCACAUCGCAAUUGGUUUACUCUUGCUACCAAUUUUCGUUUUCGAAGCCGUGCUUCAAUGA